AUGGGGGGGCUGCGGAGACGUGAGUUUGGCGCGCGCCACGCCGCCGGGGAAGCGCAUUUUCACGGAGAAAAAGUCCUCUUGUUGUUGUUAACGUUUGGUUUGUUUGCAGGAGGGGCGGGCAAAGGUGGCGGGGACGAGCCCGGGAAGGAGCCCGAGCAGGAGGAGGAGGCAGAGGCGCAGGUCCAGCACGGGACAGGCCACUGCAAGUGGUUCAACGUGCGCAUGGGCUUCGGCUUCAUCUCCAUGACUAGCCGCGGGGGCCGCGCGCUGGAUCCCCCGCAGGACGUGUUCGUGCACCAAAGCAAGCUCUUCAUGGAGGGCUUCCGCAGCCUAAAGGAGGGCGAGCCUGUGGAGUUCACCUUCAAGAAGUCCGCCAAGGGCCUGGAGUCACUGCGGGUGACGGGCCCCGGCGGUGGACCAUGCGCUGGCAGUGAGCGCAGGCCCAAAGGGAAGACCGUGCUGCAGAAGCGCAAGCCUAAGGGAGAUCGAUGCUAUAACUGUGGAGGCCUGGAUCACCAUGCCAAGGAAUGUAACCUACCACCUCAGCCAAAGAAGUGCCACUACUGCCUGAGCAUCACCCACAUGGUGGCGCACUGCCCCCACAAGUCACCGGCGUCCCCGCCCUCUGGCUCUCAGGGAAGACACGAUGUCGAAGCGCAGCCCUCUACCUCUGCCUCCGCCCUGCCCUUCCAUCCUCCGGAAAGCAGCGAGUUGCCCAUACGCUCCUCUCGUGAAGCCUCGCCCCGCAGCAAGUCCGGCUCCCCGGAAGACCCUGCCCCCAGGGGGCCUUCGGUCCAGAAGCGGAAAAAGACCUGA